AUGAUGUCGGACCUCUCAGGUUCGCGCUCUCCGGUCCCUCCCCCCUCCCCCUCCUCCGCCACAAAAGUACUCGAAUCGGGCUGCCAGUGCCCUGGCGAGGUUCGCGCCCUUCUUCGGCUCGAGGCCUCCAAGUCCACAAAGCAGUCGUGCGGAUGGUCCCCGAUCAAUCAGAUCCAAGUCGCUACCUUCAACCCCCCGCGAUUUGAUGUCAUCGGGGCUAGAGAACCGCAGACAGUCACCCAUAAAACAGGGAUCGCAAUCACGGCCUUGGACAUAUCACCUGAACGGACACAUGCGGUCAUCGCGGGCAAGGAGAUUCUCAAAACCAUCCGCGUCUCGCCCGACCACUCUUCGGAGGAAUUUAAUAUUCGAAAUGCGGUCAUCAGCUAUGCAUCCACCCAUCAUGAAACGGGUGUGUCGAUGCCACACAAAGAUCAAUUGAACGUCAAGGACGUUAAAUGGUCACAUGGGAACUUUGACCGGACAAUCGCAACUGCAGUUGCAAAUGGUCGGAUUGUCGUCUACGACCUGCAGCGGCCCGGCCUCCAAUUAUGUCGGUUCCAAGGCCACAACCGCCAGGUUCAUAGGCUCGCCUUCAAUCCCCAUUUCCCUUCUUGGCUCUUGUCUGGUAGUCAAGAUGGCAGUAUUCGGAUGUGGGAUCUGCGCGCCGCCUCUGCGAAUCGGGGCAGUUCCACUUGCGGCAGCAAGCAUGUGUACCAGGGCAAUAGCGGUGCCAUCCGGGACGUCCGGUGGUCUCCUAGUGACGGGGUCGUGUUUGCGACCGCCUCGGACAGCGGCGCCAUCCAGAUGUGGGAUUAUCGCAAGGGCAAUGCACCCUUGAUGAGAAUUGCCGCUCACGAUCGGCCAUGUUUCGCCGUGGACUGGCACCCCGACGGCAAGCAUAUAGUCAGUGGUGGUACAGACCGCCAGGUAAAAGUUUGGGACUUCUCUUCGUCUGCAGAGCGACGGCAGAAACCUGCGUUUCAGUUCCGAACACCCCAGGCGGUCACUAAUGUGCGAUGGCGGCCUCCCUCCUGGGUCGGCGAGUCACCUGCCUCUGGAGAAUGGCAAUCAUCUCAAAUCGUUACGUCCUACGACAAGGAAGAUCCGCGUGUUCACCUCUGGGACCUUCGACGCCCUCAUGUCCCAUUCCGGGAGUUUGAUCGGUACGACUCCCCCGCAUCAGAUCUGCUGUGGCGAUCCAAAGACCUCCUGUGGACCGUCGGUGAGGCCGGAGCUUUUACGCAGACUGAUGUACGGUAUGCGCCAGCCGUGAUCAACCGCCGACCCAUGUGCUCGGUGGCUUGGAGUCCUAAUGGCGAAUUCGUUGCGUUUGGCCAGAAGCGCCCCCGUCGACGUCCCUUGGGAGUCAAUGCUGCUGAAUUUCUACUUCAUGAGGAAGAUGAGGAUAGUACCGAUGAGAAAUCGUUGAGUCAAAGUCCUGGCGAUGAUAUUAUCGACGAAGGAGCUUUGGCUACUUCUCUUCGGCAUCAGAAUGCUAAAUCGGCCACAACUCGACCAUCCAAGUCCUUGGGAAGUACUCCACCGGGGGCAGUGGAUUUCACUCCAGUCCUGCCUCUUGACCAGGCCCUGGCUAAGAUUGCGACUCCCGCACCCAGUCAGCUGGGAACCAUUGCUACCAUUCCAGGUGCUACGAAUGACCCAGAAGUAUUCCGGUAUCUUGCAAGCAACUACACGCCGUUAAUGGACGAAUAUCGUGAAUCAAGGACACAGGCUGAUAUUCUGAACUCCUUGAUCGAGUCCCUGGACCACAAUGCUGAGUGUGCUGAUGAGGUUUCACUAAUCAAGGUGGCCCAGACUUGGAGAAUUGUCAAAUUUGUUAUUCUUCAGGAGCUCCAGCGCCGAGCAAGGGAGCAACCUGCCAAAGGUGGUCUUAGAGACAGAACAUCCAAAGAUGGCUCCUUGGCGGACAGAUCGCGCGAGGAUGGUCGUCACGAGAGGGCGAAAAGUCGAUUGUUCAAAGGAGUCAUGGAAGCAGUGCCCGAGGUUGAAAGCACCUCGAACAUGACAACCCCUCUAGCGAAACCAUUGCCAGACUCACCGGUAAUGGACUCUUGGUCUAGCACUGAUGAUUCUCACAUACCAUCAUUAGAUGAUAGGGGCAUUGUCAUUGAUCCUCUACCGCCAUCGGUUCUGAGUUCUCACAAUGGCUGGGGGAUGUCAGAUCUCGACGUUCGUCAUAAAUCUAACCCGCAGCCACAAGUAUCAUCCAUUGAUGAUGCUGUUUUAUCAGAACACCUACGAGAUCCAACACAGGAAGACUUGGACAAUGACCAACGGUCUGCACCUCGAGCUAUUGCUGGCAAAGCAGAUUGGCGCCGACAUGGCCACACAGGCUUUGCUCGAGAAAAUUCAGAGGAUGACUAUGACCAACGGUUAGAGGACAAGCGUGCAGCUAUUCGGGAUUUCAAGCAAUACCCCAAAAAGCCGCUGACUCUCGAAUCAACAAUGGAAUCUAAUCGGCCUCCCCCCACCGAACGAUAUGGCCGACACGAUUCUUCAGAGAGUUUCCCCAUGUUCUCUACCUCCACAGACAGCUCGCAUCCAUCAAGAUCUAUCGCUGCUUCAUACUCAUCCAACGGACAGCUUGAUGUAUCUAGAUUGCCGGACGCUGGUCAAUCCUCUACGACGAGAAGAGGAUCGAAUCUAGCUCCCACGCGCGAGGAAUGCGAAGACGAGCUUUUCGAAACGGCUAUUACAGACAGCGAUCAACUGCAUCUUCAGCGUCCAUCCAGUCCUCCUCCUUUGAUAAAGGAAUCAAUCCCGCUUGAGCCACUGGGAGAAAUAUCCUUUCCCGACGAUACAAAUUACAGGGGUACUGCACCUUAUUCAGCGAAUGACGAUAUUUUACGAGUAAAGAUUCCACUUAUGCCUAACGGGACAGACUUGAAGCCGUGGAGCAUUGAAGCAAUCCUGAAAGAAGCAGUUCGUUAUUAUCACAGCAGCAGUAGCUCUGUUGACAUCCAGACAGCAGCCCAUCUUCUUCAGAAGCUCCAUGUUCUCUUCCACGACUGCGAGCAAAUCCUGCCAUAUGAAGAAUGCGAAAUGGUCUUCAAAACGUACAACGAGCACCUAAUCCGGCACUCGAUGGACUUGGAGGCGGCAGAGCUCCGUCUGUCCUGUGUGGAAUCAUACCCUGCCGUUUACGACUACGCGCAGACAGACUCGUUUAUAAACGUUUAUUGCUACACCUGUCAACGGCCCUUUGAAAAUCCGAAACAGGACAAUACCCGCUGCUAUCGCUGCAGUACACCCCAAGCACCAUGCUCCAUCUGCAUGUGCCUUGAACCGCCACCAGAAUGGGCCACCGACCGAAAACAAACACAACUCACCUCAUCCACCCUCUCAAGCCCAAACCCAGACUCUGAAACCACCUCUCACGACUCAUCUCAAUCUUCUGUCCCCACCGAGCCAGUCUCAGACUCAGAAAUGGAGACGUUGAUACCCUUCUCAGCUCCCAGACCGAAAGGCUCCGCGAUCUGGACCUGGUGUCAAGGCUGCGGCCACGGCGGCCACCUAGCCUGCAUAACAACCUGGCUAGGCGACGUAACAAUGAGCGAAGGCGGAUGCGCAACAGCAGGCUGCACGCACGAUUGCGGCCCCGGUCCACGCCGCGAAAUAAACCGCCAAACCCUGCAAGCAGAGUCCAAGCGCCGCGAUUCAGCGAGUCGCUCUUCUGGCGCUGGCCUUGUUAAGCGGGAUCCCUGGACGAAGGGCGAAAGUAAAGCCGUGGAGAAGGUUCGCGGUAUGCUUGGCGUUGCUGGUGUUGCUGCUGCUACUGGUGGUAGUGGUGCUGGGCCGGUUAUGUCGACGAAUACUACUGCUGCCCCGACGCCUGUUUCGUCGGGUGCGAUGUCGCCUAAGAGGGUAAGGCUUGUUACUCCUACCGAGCAGGAGCAGGAGAAUGGUGCUUCUGCUCGUGUGGACGUUAUUUCGAGGGAAUAA